AUGCUUGUCUCCAGUAAGCAGCUACCCAUCGGUCGCUCCCAGAGCUGGGACACACUGGGGGGACCAGAGUGCCAGUGGGGCCCCGGAGACCGGGGCAUACCGGAGACCAUGUACGACCAGCAGCAACAGCAGCAGCAGGUGCGCAUGGCCGCACGCCGAAACUCCAUCAGCUACGGUAGCGAGGUGGGAGGGGGCCACCAGGGCUGGUACGAGCCCCCGCCGGCUGCACACCACCCUCCUGACCUGGAUAUGAAGCGCGAGUCCUACUCCGCUUACCAGGAGCCGCUCUACGGCCAGGGCUUUGUGGAUCGGCAGGACCCGCGCGCGCUACGGAAGGGCUCUGUGCCCGAGUUGAACAACCACCAUUACGAGCGGCCGCCGGCAGCCCACCGCGCCUCUCUGUCCCACCACCCUCAGGAUUACUAUCCGCAGGAGCCGCCGCUGACGGCGCGCGCGCAGCUGGACGACCCCCGAUCAAUCUACAGGAGCGCGGAGCAGAUGCAGCAGAUGCAGCCUCACCCGCUGCACCGCUCCGCCUCGCAGUAUGGUAUGAACGCGGGCGUGCCGGGCGGACAGACCCCCGCACUCCCUCCGCCGUCCACCCACGAGAUGGGGGGUCGCAGGUACCGCGAGCCCUCGGUGUCCUCCGCCCCUCCGCCGCCAAACACCCCGGGCCCUAAGGUACGUAGCCGAGCGCCCUCGCCGCUGCACUACACGACCGAGCCCUCGUCCCCGAGAUACGCUUCGGAGCCGCCGCCGGCUCUCGUUGGACGCAAUUGCGCCUACGCUGAAGCCAACAGCCGGGUCGUGGACCCACGCCAACCAGCUGCCACCUGUCUGGUGGUGGACCCCGCAGCCCAGACUAUUGACGUGAGCCCCAGGGGCCUGGUGAGCCCCACACCUUACAGCCCCAUGCAGCAGCAGGUUCAACAGCAGCUGCAGCAGCAGCAACAGCAGUUGCAGCAGCAACAGCAACAGCAGCUACAAGCACAACAGCAACAGAUACAAGCAGCACAACAACUACAACAACAACAACAGAUACAAGCAGCACAGCAGCUGCAGCAACAGCAGCAGUUGCAGCAAGCGCAACAGCUGCAGCAGCAAAUGCAGCCAGUAGCUCAGCUACCUCAGCAGCAGCAGCAGCAGCCGCCGCCGCCACUGCCCGCCAUGCAACCAGUGCAGCAGAUGCAGCCAGCGCCCGUGCAGCAAGCCCAGAUGCAACCGGUGGCACCACCAGCGCCCCCAUCACCCCUCCCUCCUCCGCCCGUUCCUGCAGUGGCGCCAACCCCCGUUGCGGUGGCGCCAGUGCCGGCAGCAGCGGCGGCGCCUCCCGUGGACCCCCAGAGGACGGCCAACCCCGAGUUCGUGGCCCUGCUGCGCAACGAGGGCCUGUCGGAGAGCACCAUCACGUCCUUGCUGAACCAGGGCUUCGACAGCACGGGCAUGCUGGCCGUCAUGGAGGACGGUGACGUGCGCUCCGUGGCGCCCAACCUCGGGCAGGUGCGCGUCCUCUCCAAGGUGGCUCUGAGCUGCAAGCGCCCGUCCGCCGUGGCCGGCAGCGUGCCCCCCUCACAGCCGCGCACUCGCUCCAACAGCUUCAGCCACCGCAGCGUCGACAUCUACCAGACGCCGCACAGCAUGAGCCUGGGCAUUGGGGUGGGCAUGGAGUCCCAGCUGCUGACUGCGCCACCCACCCCAAUGCAGACCAUCUCGCCCAGCAGGCUCUGCGAGCCCAUCGGCAGGAGGCCCAGCAGCGCGCCGUCCCAGCACCUGCUGGAGACCACUCCCGGCUACCCGCACGGGGCACCCAGAACCCCCUCGGCUUACAGCGGGGCCAUGGUCCCGGUCCAGCCACGCCCGAUGUCCGCCUACUCCUCCCCCUCGCACCAGCCCGCCCUGCCCAUGCCGUCCCACAUGAUGAGCCUGCAGCACCACCAGAUGCCAGCCUUGCCCGCCCCGCCGCAGAUGCAGAUGCAGCAGAUCCAGGCCAUGCCACAGCAGCCACAGGCCGUGCCACAGCAGCUGGCCAUGACGCCGAUGCCACCACAGCAGGCGCCCAGGGCCUACUCCACCAACUACACAGUGCCCAUGGAGCUGAUGAAGCGCGACCGCAGCCUGGCGGCGAUGGCGCCCAUGCACAGCCCCCACCACAGCCCGCAGACCAUGCGCAAGGCCGGGCCGGUGGCGGUGGGCGCCGCCUCGGACGGGGCGCUGGUCCCGCUGGGCGGCAGCAUGCAGGCCCAGAGCGUCAGCGCGGCCAAUCAGAAACUCAGCCGACGCACCGGCCCGCCUGUCAUCGUCUCCAGCAUGGCGUCCCCCGACACAAGUAUCAGGCCUCAGAUUAUGAACGGGCCUGUGCACCCUCGGCCACUGGUGGCGCUGCUGGAUGGGCGAGACUGCACCGUGGAGAUGCCCAUCCUCAAGGACCUGGCCACCGUGGCAUUCUGCGAUGCCCAGACCACCCAGGAGAUCCAUGAAAAGGUUUUGAAUGAAGCAAUAGGGGCCAUGCUGUACCACACCAUCACUCUAACGCGAGAGGACCUGGAGAAGUUUAAGGCUCUGCGCAUCAUCAUUCGAAUCGGCAGCGGCUACGACAACAUCGACAUCAAAGCAGCCGGCGAGCUUGGCAUUGCGGUGUGCAACAUCCCGUCUGCAGCGGUGGAGGAGACGGCGGACUCGACGCUGUGCCACAUCCUGAACCUGUACCGCCGCAACACCUGGCUCUACCAGGCGCUGCGGGAGGGCACGCGCGUGCAGAGCGUCGAGCAGAUACGAGAACUGGCCUCGGGGGCCGCGCGCAUCCGCGGAGAGACACUCGGACUCAUCGGAUUCGGGCGAUCUGGGCAGGCGGUGGCCGUGCGUGCCAAAGGCUUUGGCUUCAACGUGAUCUUCUACGACCCCUACCUCCAGGACGGCUUGGAGCGCUCCCUGGGGGUGACGCGCGUCUACACGCUGCAGGACCUGCUCUACCAGAGCGACUGCGUGUCCCUGCACUGCAACCUCAACGAGCACAAUCACCAUCUCAUCAACGACUUCACUAUCAAACAGAUGCGUCAGGGAGCGUUCCUGGUGAACUCAGCGCGGGGCGGGCUGGUGGAUGAGAAAGCCUUGGCUCAGGCCCUCAAGGAGGGCAGGAUACGUGGGGCUGCCCUGGACGUCCACGAGUCUGAGCCCUUUAGUUUCAGCCAAGGGCCGCUGAAAGACGCCCCCAACCUAAUCUGCACCCCCCACACGGCCUGGUACAGCGAACAGGCCUCCCUGGAGAUGAGAGAGGCCGCCGCCACAGAGAUACGCAGAGCCCUCCUUGGGCGGAUCCCAGAUAGCCUGAGGAAUUGUGUCAAUAAGGAGUUCAUUGUGGGCACUGCCCCCUGGGGGAUGGUGGAGCAACAGAUGCAACCUGACCUGAACGGAGCUGCCUACGGUCGUCAGGGUCAACUGCAGGCCAUCUCCCCGGGGGGUUUGGAUAAAAUGUAUACAUAA